AUGAAAACUUCCAUAACUUCAUGUGUUUCUUCUUUUUGUCAAGUUGUUAGGCGUUAUGACAUUGCUAGCAAAAUAAAAGGAAUCAAUGAAAGGCUAGAUGAGAUUGCUGAGGAGAAAGAUAGAUAUCAUUUGACAAAAAUAGAAACCAAACAAUUUAGACGAGUAGAGAGUACAUCUUUUAUUGAUGUGUCCAAGUUACAUGGUCGAGAUGAGAUUAAAAAAGAGAUAGUGGAGAAAUUGUUGAAUGGGACUAGUGAAGAAGGCUGCAUUCAGACCAUCUCUCUAGUAGGGAUGGGAGGGAUCGGAAAAACAGCUCUUGCUCAAUUGAUCUGUAAUGAUCAACAAGUUCAAGCACACUUCAACAAUGUAAUUUGGAUGUGUGUCUCGGACAAAUCUGAUCUAAACAAAAUUGCGGGAGCAAUUUUAGGAAGUCUGGACAAAGGUUCAGCUACCAAUCUCCAAAAUCCAAUUCCCUCAGACGAUGUUCUUCUGGCCAAAAUUUGUGAAAAAAUCAGAAGUGCAAAAUUCUUGCUUGUUUUAGAUGAUGUGUGGGAAGUCCGUGAUGAAGUUUGGGAUCCACUAAAAGCUGCUUUUCAACAAGGCACGUCUGGAAGUAGGAUUUUAGUGACUACUCGUAACGAAUCAGUUGCAACGGGGAUGGGAUCCUUUCAAUCUCAACUGUUUCGUUUGAAAGAAUUAUCUGAUGAAGUGUGCUGGUUAAUACUUAGUCAAUUGGCCUUUAUGGGAAAGGGAAAUGAGUUGCGUGGAAAGUUGGAGGAUAUUGGAAGGAAAAUAGCAAAGAAGUGUAAAGGUUUGCCGCUUGCUGCAAAGACUUUGGGAGGUUUGUUACGGGAGAAAAAAUCUAAGGAUGAGUGGCAACAUAUUCUGAAUAGUGAGAUGUGGAAAUUAAAUGUUGCAGAAGAAUACAUUUUCAGACCUCUCUUGCUAAGUUAUUAUGAUUUGCCCUCACAAACAAGACCGUGCUUAUUGUUGCAAUCUUUCCCAAAGAUUUUGUUUUUUGGCAAACUAAAUUAA